AUGAGGGAAGAAGUAAACCCUAAUUUGAGCUACGUCCCUUCUCAUCUCCUGAAAGAGAUAUUUUUGAGACUUCCCUUAAAAUCUCUUGUCAAAUUCAAAACUGUGUCAAAAGAAUGGAGAUCGAUACUGGAAUCAAAUAGGUUCGUGGAGAUGCACCUGAGUUUUCAAAAAUCUGACAAGAGCUGCCAGAAAAUCCUGGCCGCUCACCACUGCUACUGCGGCGCCCCCCUUCCAUAUGUCCUCCCCGGGGUACGUUUCAAAGGGGAUGACGAAGAGGUUGUCUAUUUGCACUGCGAGUCGACAAGACCGUCGAUGAGUUGCGACGGUUUGGUUUGCAUCCCUGAACCAGGUUGUGUCACCGUUUUGAAUCCCUCGACUGGACAACUCAGGCGAUUUCCUUCCGGCCCUGAUCCCGUACCCUCGGGUAAUUGGGCGAUGGGGUUCGGAAGAGUCAAAGGUACGGGGAGUUAUAAAGUAGUGAGGAUGUUCUUUAAUCCUAACCAUUACGAGAUUCUUGAUGUCAACAUUGGUGAAUGGCGAAAACUUAGUCCACCUCCUUACGAGGUGGACGCGGGACGAAGAUCGGCUUGUGUGAAUGGGUCAAUCUACUGGUUAAACAUUUGGCGGGGUUGUAAGUUACUUGCCUUGGAUCUUCACACGUUAGAGUUCCAUGAUGUCCCACUUCCAGCGGGUAUGAGAUUCAAGAUGGAAACUCAGAUAGUGAAUCUUGACGACCAUCUAGCCAUAGCCACAACAAGAUUGAAUAGUGAUCCUGAAUGGCAACUAGAUAUAUGGACCAUGGAUGCAGGAGAAAGAUGGAGCAAGACUUACUCCAUUAGUUUAGCUUCUCUAGGUAUUAAGCCACAGGAGCCAAGGUGGUUCAGGCCGGUGAUAGUUUCUAAAGAUGGUAAUGUUGUGAUCUAUGACGAUAAGAAAAAGGCCUUGUUCAGAUGUUAUCAACGUCCAGAUACAAUCCGUCAGAUAUUCUCAUAUAAUUGUGUUAUAUCUCCUUAUCUCGAAAAUAUGGUCCGACUUCAGAAUGAACAAGUAGAAUUAAGGCUUGCAUGCAUCCUCGAGGAUGGGAUUGCUUUUGUUGCUCAUGUUGUAUCAUCAUUCCAACCAAGAGUUUACAAGUUUUUAUGCAAGGGAAAAGUAUAUAGUCAUGAUUUUACGAACCCAUGUGUUGUCGUCCUCAUUCUCGCUCCUGAUGAUUUUUGGAGUGUUUGUACCUGCACUCACCAUAAUUUUGAUACUGUCGGCCGUGAGAGCCUUGUUUCGUCGCCUACUCCAUGCGCAAUGACCGCAACCGAGGUUGAGGGCCGCAUUACUUUCGGACGUUACUUAUUUGAAGGCGUAAAAAACAAAGGUAUCAAAGUUGAUGAGGGAAGGCAAUUAUAUGAUUUCAUUGGCGCAGUGAAGAGUAAAUCUUGCUGCAACAAACUCAUCACUUCAUGUUGUCGUAGUCCUGCUCCUGCUCCACAGCCUUUUGCUCCUGCUCCUCAGCCUUCUGCUGGAUUAUAUUAUUAA